GUCAAGGAGUCGCUUUCUGAUCUCCGCAUCCUUCACACUAUAAUGGAUAUUUUCUUUGCGGGAACAAUAACCACAUCCGACACGCUGAAGUGGAUUGCUAUGUAUGUAGCAGAUAAUCCAAAGGUCCAGGCAAAGAUACACAAAGAACUAGACGGCUUAGGAAACGAUGUUGGAAAACUCCGUCACUGCAGAAACAAGAUGAAUUACUGCGAGGCUGUUCAGAGAGAGGUAUUGCGCAUGCGCCCAGCGGCUCCAGCAGGUUUACGUCAUCAGACAAUCCGUGACACCAAGCUAGGUGGCUACGAUAUCCCAAAAGGCACUCUUGUCUAUGCGAACAUAUGGGCAAUCCACCAUGACCCGAAAAACUGGGAAUCGCCAGAGGUUUUCAAGCCAGAGAGGUUUUUAAAUAAAGACGGCAGUUUGAAAGAGGUGGAUCAUAAAAUAUGGCUACCGUUUGCCAGCGGCAAGAGGAAAUGUGUGGGAGAAGCAAUUGCUAAGGCAAAUCUUAUGACAAUCAUGGCGUUGUUUUUCCGCCGGUUCAAGGUGAGCUUCCCGCCAGGUGUCCAGCCGGACUUCGAGCCAGUGAUGUAUGAGAUAGCCUGCAGCCCGAAACCACAAAAGCUGAUUGUGCAGAAAAGAAAAUGAAGUUCAAUAUAAAUAUAGUUUUAAAACAAUCUGGUGCAAAGAUUACAGGCAAUGAUUGAACCUAUAGGGUGCUUUUUAGAAACAUUCUGUUGAUUAUGAUGCCACCCUCUGAGCGGUAUUACACAAAGCAUUGUUUACUUUUACAAUCGAUUCGGACAAUUGAAUGAAACCCCAAUGCUGUUGCUCUGCACAUGCAAUUUAGAACAUUUGAUAUUUGUAUGUUUGAAAUUUAUCUUAAACCUGAUGUCUACGUAACACUGCAGCACAGUGGACGAUUAAUGUACUACGAAAAUUACAGGCUUUAAAACAUUGAUGAUAACAGAUGGCAGUGUAACAGUGCCCAAACCACUAAGUCAUCUCAGAGCAAAACUUGCUUACAUUGUUAAGAAAAGAAUGCCAGCCUGCAUAAGAUUCGAAAUAAAAGACAAAAAUAACGGAUUGAGGUAUGAUGAACCAAGUAUAUGUGAGCUCUCACAACC